CUCUCUCUCUCUGUUUUUAAAUGUCUUCUAAUUGAGAAAAAAAAACAGAACUAAAAAACAAUUACUGCUAAAUAAUCAUUACUAUUAUGUUAUGGGUUUCUAAUUAACUAACCCUUUCUAUUUCUCUUUCUUUCUUCUAUUUGGUUUGGUCUCCCUCCCCAUUCUUAGGUGACUUCUCUUACAGUAGUCAUCAAGAUGUCCGAUAAUAAUCACAAUAUUGACCAUCAAAUCCAUGGGUCACCUUCAACCGAGACCAACCUGAAUGAAUCUAUUGUCAAAAAUGCUGAGGCAUUCUCUUCUAGCGUUAAAGUUCUCAAUCAAUUUAUCAGUCAUCUUCUUAAUGAAAUGAAAGUUAAAUUUAACAGUAAUCCUGUCAAUCUAGCAGAUUUAGCGAAAUAUGAUAUGUUUGUAUUGGAAACGUUGGUCAUUAAGACAAUGAUUUGUCUAGAUGGAUGUCUUAGUAUUUUCAGUGAGAACAGUUCUUCUCCAUCAUCAUUAUCUGCACUCACUUCGAUUACCACUGGUACCACCACAACCUCUACCACCAAUAAUACUACAGCUGCUACAACAUCAUCAUCAUCCACCACAACAACUACCAUCACCACCUCAACUACCAGCAGUUGUAGUAGUAAUACAAGUACACCUCCACCAUCAUCUUCCUCCUCUAUCCAAAGAAGGGAAAAUGAUGCCGGUUGGUUAAAAAGUCAAAAAAGUUUAAAUGAAGCAAAAGCCAAUGCCGCUGAAAUCCUGCCCAAUAUUAUUCAGCUGAUUGAAUUAUUCUUUCACCAAAUUCGAUGGACCAUUCUUAAUUAUUUACCUCUUGAGGAUGAGAGUCUAAAAAAUAUACGAACUCUUCAAGCCUAUGAUUCUCUCCUACGAAUGACCACCGUUAAAGCGGUCGGUAAAUUAGGUCCUUUUGCUAUGUCAAUUGUUAAUUAUUUACCUAAGAGCUUGCUUGAGGCUGUGGACAAGUGGAAUACUAUUCAAUUAGAAUCAAAUUUACCCAAUUCUAGUGUUAACAGUGGUGGUAUUGCUUCAUCAUCAUCUUCUUCUUCAUCUACCUGGCGUAAAGAAUUUACCUCUUCAGUUUUACCCUCCGAAGCAUUUGCAUUCUCUUUCUCACAAAAUUUCCAUUUCAGUGCACUAACCUCUAGUUAUUCCUCCGAUGAUCCCUGUUUUAUUACUAGAAAUGCAAACCUUAAACAUGUCACCUCAACCCUUUUAAAAGCCGCUGAAGAAAUACUUUUAUGGUCAACUGCCAGUGGUUCCUUUUCUAACCUUCAAAGUCAACUUAAAGAAUAUUUUGCCAAAAUAUUGAUACCUUUAGGUCUUGACCUAACCCUUGAAUCAUUUAACAAUUAUUGUAAUCAAUCAAUUGAAAAUAUUUGGGAUUCUCGUGAAAGUGAUGAAUUUCUUUGUGCAAAUUAUAUUGAAGCUCUUCACCAUAGUUUUGACAUACUCACGGAACACAGUCAAUUUAUUGAUGAGAAAAUAUGUAUCGAAUGUGUUAAACUAAUUGAAAAUCUCCUCGAGGUAUCGGCCGGUCAAUCUGCCCUUGAAAAAUUUUUCUGUGAUAUGGAUUCUGGUGAACCUUUAACCAACCUUUUAUCAUCAACAUCCUUAACCUCAUCUUCGGCUGUUGAUACUGAAUUUAAACGUGAUAAACGUGGUAUUGUUAGCCUGAUAACUUCUGCUUCAUCCAAAAAUUUAUCCUCCGCCUAUUCAAGUAGAAUUCUAAAAUUUCUUGUCAAAUUGUUUGAGAUGACCGAGAAAAACGCUGAUUCCAUUAGUUUGAUUCGUCUUUGCUCAUCUUUAACCCAUCUACGUAAUUUUACACCUCAAGAGAAUGAGAAAUACCUACAAGCCUGGCUUAAUAAGCUUUUCUGUAUAAAAAGUGACUCCCUUGGUGAAUUUAAUUUCUCCCUAACUGCAGAGAAUCGUUUAGCCUUGCAAAGUUUAACCUCCUACAUUGUUAAAGAAAAUUCCACCGUCGAUGAAGAAGUUGCCGGAGCUCUUUUAUCUGCCUUGAUUCCUAUUGCAUCCAUCGUCCUUUCCUCUAGUUUAGAUGCAAAAGGUUUUCCCGAUCUUCUCUCAACAAUGACCACCCUGGCCAGUGCUGGUUCGGGUACCGGUCACUUUGACCUUGUUAAAGCUGUUUUCGGUUGGUUAGAUGUUUGUGGUAAAUAUCUUUCUCAAAAAGAUGUACUCGAAAAAUUGGAAAACAAUGUAACCUCUGGUCGACAUCAGAUUAUCAUUGAAUCUACUUGUUACAUGCUCUCCUACCUGUCAGAUGUUUUUGAAGCUUUUAAACUUUUCAACAAUUGUGGUGAUAAUAAUUCUUCCUCCCACUCUUCAAUUGAUCGACCCUCUUCACCCUUACCUCCAGAGGAAUCUGGUUCUGGUGUUGUAGGUGCCGUUGGUGGUGUUACAGGUUCACUUGACCUGGAAUCUGAAUGGGUUGAUGAUUUAACCUGCCUUGAUGAUGAUGAAUCAGCUGGUGAUGAAUCGGAUGAAGAUUCAUUGUGCAAUAAGCUAUGUACCUUUACGAUAACAUUGAAAAAUUUUAUGAAUCAACAUUGGUACCAUUGUCAUACUUGUAAACUUGUCGAUGGGGUUGGUGUUUGUACGGUUUGUGCCAAAGUUUGCCACAAAGAUCAUGAUGUUACCUUCUCGAAGUAUGGUUCUUUCUUCUGUGAUUGUGGUGCUAAACAAGAUGGUUCUUGUUUAGCGUUAACCAAACGAACACCCAACAUACAUGAAAGUGAACAAACAACUUCCGCCUCAUAUCGUUUACCAGCCUAUUCAAGUAGUCAAGAUGGUAAGAGUAGUAAUGGUCGUUCUUCUUCACGUCGUCGAACCUCUUCUCCGGACGGAGAUUGUGGCCUAGGUGAUGAAUUAAUUAAACGUCAAAUAUCCUCAGAAAAUCAAGCUCGAUACCAAGUAUUAGCUCGUCAAUUACAGUCUCGUAAAAAAGAUUUACUCUCACUUCUAGCAAAUCGUAAUGUUGGCUCAACCAUUUUAGAACUUCUAAAUGUUACCGUUCCCUCGAUAAUUAAAAACUGUCAGGCCAAUUCGUCCAUUGGUUGUUCUAUUCGAGCCAAAAAAUCUUUGAAAGAUCUUCAUGAAAAACCCAAGUCAAUUGAUUUCACUGAUCAACUAAUGGUACCCACUUUGGGCUCUCAAGAAGGUGCCUUUGAAAAUGUACGUCUAAGCUAUUCAGGUGAACAAGGUCAGGCCAUUCGUCAAUUAAUAUCUACUAAUGUAAUACGCCGGGUAGCCAUGUGUGCACUUGUUUCACCUUUUGGUAAACGUCAACAUCUUGCCGUUAGUCAUGAGAAGGGUAAAAUUACUCUCCUCCAAUUGUCCGCUCUUCUAAAACAAGCCGAUUGUGCGAAGAAAAAGUUUACCCUUUCCCGUUUAGCCUCAGCACCCAUACCAUUUACAGUCCUUUCCAUGGCCUCCAAUCCUUGUAAUGAAGAUUUUCUCGCGGUUUGUGGUCUUAAGGAUUGUCAUGUGCUCACCUUUAAUCCAAAUGGCAAUGUAUCUGGUCAUCUGCUCCUUCACCCAUUACUGGAAGCAGGAAAUUAUCUAAUCAAAUCAAUCUGGUUACCAGGAACCCAAACUGAAUUAGCUAUAAUCACAAUGGACUUUGUAAAAGUGUUUAAUUUAAGUGUUGACGUUAUUGCACCACAAUUUUUCUUCCUCCUUCCAUCGGGUAAAAUUCGAGAUGUAACCUUUGUGAUAACCGAUAAUCAGCGUCACAUUUUAAUUAUCUCUUCCGCGGGUCAUAUUUAUUCACAAAUUUUAAGCGAUGAAUCUUCCGCUCGUCAUGGACCCUUUUAUGUUACCAAUGUGGUGGACGUUAAACACAAUGAUGUCCGUGAAACCUCUGGAGGUCAAAUAAAUUCUGGCGGUGUGUCAAUCUAUUAUUCUCACAUGUUACAACUUCUUUUCCUUAGUUAUGCCAAUGGUAAAAGUUUUGUUACCGCAUUGACUGAGGUAACAACGGAAAUAACUCGGCUCUUUGUUAUCGAAACAUCUAACCCCAACAACUCAACCAAUGCAACCUCAUCAUCAUCAUCAUCUGCCACUUCUGGUGGUGGUGGUGGUACCAAUGGAGGUGAGGGACGUCGAGAAGGAUCAAAAAGUACAUCAUCAACAUCUCCAACCUCAACUCAAACUGGACCACAACCAUUGUGCCAAUGGUCUGAAAUUCACGGUCAUCCUGGUCUUGUCUGCGCUAUCUGUCAACAAUCAAACAAUCCAAUAGUAUUCAUGAUUAAAACGGAAAAUUUCAUCAUCCAAGAGAUUCAAUUUAUCAGCAUGAAAUCAAAAAUAACCGAUAUGGUUCCAGUGAGACAUACAACAUCUUCCGGUGAAUUGAGAACCACCCUAAUUUUAUUAUGUGAAGACGGAAGUCUUAGAAUCUACAUGGCCUCACCGGAAGCAACUAAUUUCUGGUUACGUCCAUCUCUCUGUUCAGCUUUAACUUAUGGACCUGGUUUACCAUCAAUUUGCCUUAAAUCAUCUAAAAAGGGAAAAUCAAGUAAACCCAAUAAGCAACAAUCAUCUUCAUCUGGAAUCACAACGGGUCCGGGUGGAACUGUUAGCUUUCCAAUUGACUUCUUUGAACAUUGUACAUUAUUAACUGACAUUGAAUUUGGUGGUAAUGAUGUUCUUCACGUUUAUAAUGUUCAACAAUUAAAAAAUCGUCUCAAUGCCACCGGUAUGUACAUAGCGUCAACUAAAUUGGAUGGUUUUACCAUUGAGGUGACCAACAACGAUCCCAAUAUGGUAAUUUGUGGUGUACGAUUAUUUCUGGGCACUCAAGAUAUCAUUAAGGUUCCCUCUUAUAUUGAAAUUUUUGGAAGACCCAUUCAUGUUUAUUUAACACGUAAUCGUUGGUAUGAUUUUCCAUUAACCCGUGAAGAAUCCUUGUUAGCUGAUAGAAAGUUGAGCAUUUUCUUUGGAGUUUCUGGUGAUUCUAAUAACAUCACCAUGGUAGAUUCAAUAAAAGUCUAUGGUAAAACUAAGGAGAUUUUUGCAUGGCCUGAUGAAGAAGGAGAAAAUUCUGGUUCUGGUACCAAUACAACCGAAUCAAUAGUCACCAAUGUUUCCGAUUUUGAUAUAAUGAGUUUAGCCUCACCUUAUGCUACCUCGUUAUCAUCUUUGGAUCGUUUACUCAGCUGUAUGUUAGAAGUUCUAGAUGGAUCGUUUACCUUAGGAAUUGUUGGAAACUCUUCUGAAUCAAGACAAAAUAUUCACAAACAAGCCUUGGAGAUUGUUACAAAUCUUUUAACUUACCCAUUUCCAGUUCCUGUUCACCAAAAUAUUAAAUAUCUUCUACUCACUUUACACCAAAACAAAAUUUUCUUCAAUAACCACCGAGAUGCUGCAAUUCUUAAUUAUGUGAUAAAAUCGCUUUCCGAAGCAAAUAGAGCCGGUGAAUUAGACGGUGAAGCUUUCUACCGUCUAAUCAUUUUGACCAAAUCAAUCGCCAUAUCAAGACCUGAAAAUCUCAUCAAAUUUAGUGAGUGCCUAACCCUUGCUAUAACUCAAUCUGAGAAUCAACAACAACGAUCAACAGAUGAUCAGGAUGAAGUGAAUGAUUUGAGUAUAAGCAAAAGUUGCUCUGAACUUUUAUCUCGAGCCAGGUCAAUUGAAGGACCCAGUAAACCAAAUCGACCCUCUCUUACCGGUGGACCACAAAGAUCGGUUUCAUUUGUAGAAAGUUCAAUUAAAGAGGUUAAAUCAGGUGACUCUUUUCUCAUCUAUCUAAGUGAAACCUUUUGGAAACUCUAUGUGAUGAGGCCUAAAAAUCCUCUUUUAACAUCUAUCGCAGCCUCUGGACUUGUUCAUGUCGAGGCUACGGUUCAAGUUCUUGUUGAAAUAAUUCUUGCCUUUACCUUGGUUGAUGUAAGUAACAUUGGUACAGCUUCUCAGCUUUUAAUGAAAUUGUUUCUCUGUAAAAAUCCGGUAAUAAGUUUUGGAGCUCGACAAUCACUUAUACGACUUUUAAGUCCAAAAGUUAGGAAACGAAAAGCACCAACAACCUCAUCCACUGUUAUCUCUGCAUCGGCUUCGGCUACUUCAACAACCACACCAGGAGUAUCAGGGGAACCUAAAACUUCAAACUCUGGUCAGGGCUCUAGUAGCUCUUAUGCCAUUGGUUCAAAUCAAUUCGAGCUUAUUGAAGAAUUAGAUCAAGUCGCCGCUUCUGGGCUUAUGAGAGUGAUUGAUGCUCCACUACUUGAGUUUGCCGAUGUUGACGAUCACGAUGAUCCUAUGGCUGAAUUAGCGAUUGUCUCAAGUCUUCAAGAACAAGCAGCCGCUGCUCGAAGUCUAUCAGUUAUUGAACAAUCCGCCGCAUCAUCAUCUGGUGGACAAUCAUCAUCUCAGCGAGGUGGAUCUCUGGAGGACAGGAGCCAUUACUCUGAUACUACCGCUUCAGCCGCUGGAUCGGAUGAUGAAGGAUCAACAGCAGCCACCGAUGGUUCAACUUUACGUACAAGUCCAGUAGCAAAUGAAGUGGAAAAUGUAGCCGAUGGUGGUGGAUCUGAAAGUGGUGCAAGUGGAGUUGAAUCUGUGAUUGGUGAACAUGGUGCCUCAGGGCGUAGUUCAACCUACGGUGACGAUGCAAAUACCAAAGGUCAACCUCGUGAUUCAAACCAGGAGACAGGAUCUGAAACUACAGAGUCUCAACCAGACUCAAUGAAUCAUAAAUUACACAAUAUAAGACUAUAUUUACUAGAGAAAUUAGUUGGUAGUCUUUCAGAGAUUCGAGGUAUUGGAGGAAUUCAUUCAAUUCCCAUGAUGCAGGUUAUCGUGAUGCUAUCAUCUGAUCUUGAUUGUUCCAACGAAAAAGAUAAAUCUGUUUUUGUUUCCCUUCUUAACGCUCUUAUAACUGAGCUUCACCAUGGUUGUCGUGAUGUUAAAACACUUACCAAACGUACACCCGAAAAUGAAGUUAAAUUAAUUAUCAUGCGUCUUUUGAGUAUCUUAAUGACUCAAAUGAAAUCAUCAUCUUCUAAGUCAUCAUUAUCUCAUGAACAAAUGGAAGGCUCUAGUUCUGCUGUUGGUGGUUCAUCUUCAUUUGGAUUGUGUUCUCUUCUUACUGCUCAAUCACUUCUAAACUCAGAAACCCUUGAACUUUGCUUACAAACUCUUGUUAACCUUAAAGAUUAUUGGAAAAACGUUCAACCCGAUCACGAAACAUCAUCUCGGAGUAUAACUGGUUUUCUUCAACCAGGAACCGUGGGCACACCAACAACGACCACACCUUUAAAGCCUCGUAACAUUACACCAGUUCAAGACAUGUCACCUUUCUUUCUGAAACAAUUUGUAAAAGGUCACGCUGAUGAUUUUGCCACUUAUCCACAAUUGUUGACGGAAAUGGUUCUAAAAUUACCUUAUCAAAUUAAGAAAAUAUCAAAUUGUUACCUUUCCUCUAAGCAGAUUAACUUUCCACAUGCAUGGCUUGAUGUUCUCUGUGAAUAUAUGAUGAUUCAAUUAGCACCAACUAUUCGUAAACAGGUUCGAAAGUUGCUCAACUUUAUUUGUGGUUCAAAGGAAAAAUAUCGACAAGUUCGAGAUUUCCAUGCCUUGGAAUAUCACUUCAAUGAGAUUAAAAAAGUUUGCCUUGAAGGAGGUUUCGUUGAAUCAGCUGAUCAAAGCAAUACAUCAUCACCAUCAACAAUUUCAACGGCCAAUCAAGGUGUCAUCAUUUCAAUGACCUACGAUUCAACGAUAGUUUUAAUUGAACAUCUAAAGGCUUGCUGUGAUAUUGCUUCAUCUCGAACAUUGAAUUGGCAAAAAUUUUGUCGCAGUGCACCAGUGUUAACCUUUUUCAUGCAAGUGAGCUUCCUACUCGAUGAAGGUGUCUCACCGAUUUUCCUUCAAUUACUUCAAUAUGCUCUAUGUCGACCCAGUCAACCUUUAUCAUCUUCCUCAACCUCUUCAUCAAUUAAACCUCCUGAAGGUGGUAUUAAAGUUCCGGUUACAAUACUUCAAGGUGGUUCAUCUGUUUCCUCAUCAACCACAGUUGUUACCACAACUGCCCCGACCGCUGGCCCUUCAACAUCAUUGACAACAACCAACAGCUUACCUGUCUUAGAUACUUUGGACGCUGCUGCUCGUGAACAAGCCAAUUUAGCUGCCUUACUUGCCCAACAAUUUAUCACCCAAUUGGAUAGGUCACUUUUAAAUCAAUUUAUUCAAUGUUUCCUCCUUGAAUCUAAUUCAUCAUCCCUCCGAUUGCAAACUCACUCAUUGAUAUUUAACAUGUAUAAAAAUAUCGAUGAUCCAGCUCAGCAUAAAAUCUUACUGGACAUUCUUUGGUCACUUUGGGAUAAGGUUCCCUGUUAUGGACGAAAAGCUGGACAAUUUGUUGAUCUAUUGGCCUUUUUCACUUUGCGUUCAAAUGCACCCGAAGAGAAGGAAAUUGAAUUCCGAGAUAAAGCAUUAGCAGUUCUACGCCAUCAGAACAAGUUACUUCUAAAUCAUCCAAAUUCAGCAAUUUACAAUAGUUUACAAAAUCUUGUUGAAUUUGAUGGUUAUUAUUUAGAAUCUGAACCUUGUUUAGUUUGUAACAAUCCUGAAGUGGGUUAUUCCAACAUGAAAUUAUCUUCAGUUAAGGUUGACUCUCGAUUCACAACAACCACUCAAAUUGUCAAACUUGUUGGAAGUCAUACCAUCUCUAAAAUAGCUUUAAGAAUCGCUGACAUCAAACGGUCUAAAAUGGUCAAAACAUUAAUAAUCUAUUACAAUAAUAGAUCAGUUCAUUCAGUGGUUGAAUUGAAAAAUCGCACUAAUAUUUGGCAUAAAGCUAAAAAAUGUCAACUAGCCUCAGGUCAAACUGAUGUUAAAAUUGAAUUUCCUCUGCCAAUUGUUGCCUGUAAUCUAAUGAUUGAAUAUGCAGAUUUCUAUGAAAACAUUCAAGCCUCAUCGGAAACUCUUCAAUGUCCCCGUUGUUCAGCAUCGGUACCCGCUAAUCCUGGAGUUUGCGGCAAUUGUGGUGAAAAUGUUUUCCAAUGUCACAAAUGUCGAUCAAUCAAUUAUGAUGAAAAAGAUCCUUUCCUGUGUAACUCUUGUGGUUUCAGUAAAUACGCCAAGUUUGAUUAUACACUGACCGCUAAGCCCACAUUUUCCGUUGAUCCAAUUGAAAAUGAAGAAGACCGAAAGAAAACCGUUCAAACAAUUAACACUCUUUUAGAGAAAGCAGAUAGAGUGUAUAAAGGAUUAAUUGCCAAUAAACCAACCCUGGAAUUGUUAUUACUAAGAAUUCAGGAACAUGGAUUCAUGGAUAAAAUGUCCGAUGAAGCUUUGGGUAUUGUGCCUUCCGGUUCCGGUUAUUCGGGUUCAACCGGCCCAAUUAAUGUUCCAGCAGCUAAUUCAUCAGGCCAUGUUAACAGAGCCAUUCAACAGGUUGCCCAUAAAUAUUGUGUUGAGUGUAAAGGUUCAUUUGACGAGCUAAGUAAAAUUAUACAAAAAGUUUUAGCCUCUCGAAAAGAGCUGGUCGAUUAUGAUAAUGUUCAACGUGACAGUAUUACAACAAGAACGCCUUCAGUUAAAAGUUCAUCAAUCAGUGGUGGUAGUAAAGGAAGUGCAACUCGACGUGAUUCAAAAUUCAUCGUUUCCCUUUCAUCAGCUUCAGGUCGUUGUUAUGGUUGUGCUUGUGCAGUAGUUGAACUUUGUAUUACCCUUCUUAAAGCUCUUGGAACCCAAUUAAAGUAUCGACGAUUACUUUGUUCAAGUGGACUUUUAAAACAAUUAGUUGACUACAAUUUACGAACCGGUGGAUCAUCUGUACGCCAAGAAGUCCGUCAACUAUUGGUAACUCUUACACUGGAUAAUCCAGAAGCUACGGAACAACUUAAUGAUAUGCUAAUGUACAAAAUUAUCGCCUCUCUGGUGUCACCCGCUUCCAUGAGACACGAUUUAACUUCAUCAAUUCGCCAUGAAAUCGCUCUUCUAAUCUGUUCCCUAGAAAGGGAAGACUCUUGUUGGGAAAAACGACUUCGAUGUGUUCUCCGUCUUUUCCGUGUUGCCCUCUCUUACAAUAGUCCAUCGGUCCUCGAAUCAAUUACACUUCCGUGUUUAAAACUCUUAAUUAACCUCAUUAAACCAGACUCAUUUAUCUCUAAAAAGAAUAAAGAUAAAUCGAUUGAACAAAUGGCCGGUGUAACGAUUCGUGGUGCUCAAAUAAGUAUUGAUCUGAAUAAAUGGUUAGCCGAAGAUGUGGGACACAGUUUUGCUGGUUGGAAAAAGCGUUGUGCCAAAAAGGUUAUCCCGUUACCUAUUACAGGUUCUUUGGAAAAAGGUCUCAAAUCGAAAGAGAUUGUUAGAGCUCUUUAUUUAAUGGAAAAAUAUGGUAAUCGAUGGAAAGAAAAGACUCUCGAUCGUAAUCGUUUCAAGGUUUAUUGUAAACUUGCUGAAAAUAAUUGGCUUCGUUCCGUUUUGUUUAACAAAUUUUCACGAACCGUUCGUUUGAUGGCCUGUUCACUAGUUGGAGCGUUAUUCCAAACCCCUAGUCGCCGAAAAGAGCUGAUUGAUAUUCUCACCUUGUAUCUUGAUGAAAUUGGUGUAGCUCGAGAAUAUUCACAAGAAUUUUUCACUCUCUAUCAUAAUCUUAUUCGUCAAGACCAUUGGAAAUAUUAUCUUUCUCUCAAAGGAGUCUUAUUACAUCUUGGCUCCCUAAUAACAGAAGAGAUUGAAAAACUUAACGAACUGGAAGAAACAACCUUGAAUUCUGACCUUUCUGAAGGAUGUGCCUUAAAAAUGUUGGUUGAUCUAUUAACGGUGUUUGUUGAUGUUCCCUCGAUUCGUAAACAAUACAAAUCUCGUCUUGUGGCAUUUAUACUCAAUGGUUAUCUUUCAUUGAGAAAAUUGGUUGUUCAACGAACAAAAAUCAUCGAUGAGACCCAAGACAAUUUACUCGAAUUACUUGAGGAAAUGACAACCGGAACUGAAAGUGAAACUUCAUCUUUCAUGGCUGUUUGUGUUGAAGCAGUAAACAAAUGUAAACUUGAUGACUUGCGAACACCAGUGUUUAUUUUUGAGCGACUUUGCUCCAUCAUUUACCCCGAGGAAAAUGAUACCUCCGAAUUUUUCAUCAACUUGGAAAAAGAUCCGCAACAUGAAGAUUUCCUUCAAGGACGAAUGCUUGGAAAUCCCUAUCCAUCAACAGAACCUGGAAUGGGUCCACUGAUGAGAGACAUUAAAAACAAAAUUUGUCAAGACUGUGAACUAAUCGCUCUACUCGAGGAUGACUCGGGUAUGGAAUUGUUGGUUUGUAACAAGAUUAUCUCUCUCGAUCUUCCCGUUGAAGAGGUUUACAAAAAGAUUUGGCUUACCGAAAAUAAUGAAACCGAAGCAAUGAGAGUAAUUUACCGAAUGCGAGGAUUAAUGGGAGAUGCAACUGAAGAGUUUAUUCAAACUCUCGACUCGAAGAACAAUGAAAACGUUGACACCGAACAAGUUUUCAAAAUGGCCAAUGUCAUGUCUGAAUGUGGAGGUCUAGAGGUUCUAUUACAACGUUUAGCUGUUAUUCAAGAUCUUUCAGCUCGAAGUCGACCUCUCCUUCUAGUUUUACUCAAACUGUUCGACUAUUGUGUCAAGGUUCGGCAAAAUCGACAAUCUCUUAUAAAUCCAUCUUUAAAAGCAAUUAAUGUUCUUUUGUCGACUCUCAAAAUGGCGAUAAUUGCCGAAUCUGGUGAUUUCUCUUCCACCGUUAAACCAAAUUUACUUGAGAUGAUUCUUGUUAUCAUGGAAAAUAUUCUGGUUGAAGCAUCGAAACAAUCACGUGAAGAGUAUGAUCGAUUUUACCACGAAACUUGUGGUACUAAAGAUGAUGUCAAGUUUCUUCUAAACGCAGCCGAACAUGAAAAUGUCCGUCAUAAUACCAACGUGAUGCACAUUCUAAUGAAAGUUACCCCAUUGUUAACCCUUGGAGAUAAGGAGAAAAUGUUGACACUUUUAGAUCAUUUUAGGCCUCAUCUUAAUUUCAACAAAUUUGACUUUGAUCAUACACCUGAGAACGAUUUUAGAAUUGAUUGUUUCUGUGUAAUGUUACAAGGAAUCGAGAAAAAUGAAAAUGGAAAUCGUUUGAAAGAUUUUAUUCUCAAUGAAGAUAUUGUCUCAAAUGCAUUAGCUUAUCUUAAAAUUCAUGCACCGGCGGUAAAAUCAGCCCUUCUUGCAACUUCAGAGGAAUGGAAAGAGUUCACUCAACGACCUGCACUCAAAUAUGUCCUAAGACUUUUAACUGGACUUUGUUCUGGUCAUCCAAGUAGUCAAAUGUUGGUGGCAGCAGAAUCUAUUCCGGUCAUCCAUGGACUGGAACAAGUUUCAUCAGAUUCUCAUGUAGGCAGUUUAGCAGAAAUGCUACUGGAAGCGUUAAAAUAUCAGAAUUCGGUGGUGUCCGAAAAGAUUGAACAUGUUCGUAAACAGACCAAAGAAGAGAAAAAGAAACUCGCUAUGGCGGUUCGACAGAAACAACUCGGUGAACUUGGUAUGAAGGCCAAUGAACGUGGACAAGUGAUGGCCAAAAGUUCAAUUCUCCGUCAAGUUGAAGAUUUAGGUGAAGAGCAAGGUUUAAGUUGUAUCAUUUGUCGAGAAGGUUACAAGUUCCAACCUUCCAAAGUUCUUGGUAUUUACACGUUUACCAAAGAAUGUCCCAUUGAACCUUUCGAACUUAAAUCUCGUAAAACUUUGGGCUAUUCAUCUGUUACCCAUUUCAAUGUUGUCCACGUUGAUUGUCACAUGGCCGCGGUUAGACAUGCUCGAGGUCGAGAUGAGUGGGAAUCUGCAGCGCUACAAAACGCAUCAACCAAGUGUAAUGGACUUUUACCUCUUUGGGGUCCCUCUGUUCAAGAAUCUGCUUUUGCCUCUUGUCUUGCUCGUCACAACACUUACCUUCAAGAGUGUACCGGUCAUCGUGACAUCAGCUACCCUUGUACCAUUCACGAUCUAAAACUAUUGUUACUCCGUUUCGCUGGGGAAGAAUCAUUUUCCCUUGAUUCGGGUGGCGGUGGGCCACAAUCAAACAUCCACCUGAUACCUUACAUUAUUCACAUGGCUCUUUAUGUUAUCAAUACUACUCGAUGUGCUGCUCGUGAAUCGAAAAAAAUAUCUGCCUCUUUUCUUGACCUUCCAUCAUCCAAAUGGGUAGAAAACUCUUACGAAUCUGAUGGUCCCUUCUAUUGGACAACACUUUCUCUGGUCAUUCAUCCACCCAGCUUUUGGAAAAAACACCGUUCAACCUUCCUUCGACGUUUACUCAUCACAGCCCAAGCGCGACACAUAACACCUAAAGGUGCAAAUCAUUUGGUUGACAAUCGCCCACUCGACUAUUCGGCUUAUAAAACAUCGCUUCUGUUUUUCGCACUCAUUGAUUCCAUCUAUUCCAUCAUGUUUAAAUCGGUUUUACCAACUGCCGAUGAAACUUCAGGCAUUUCCUGUGAAACUUGGACACUUGCCUUAGCUGAAUACAUACGAAACAAUGAUCAAUCACUACUCGAAAAUGGUGAUAAAUUAUUACGCUUCUAUGAACAAGAUCUACUUCCAUGCCAAUCAUUUUACGAACUGAUCGACGUACUUGCCCUUCAUCAUUUGGUGCCUGAUCCAGAUACUUAUCUUGAAUCAUGUUUCCGGAUACCUUUAAAUUAGAAAGACAAAGACAAAAACAAACACACACACACACACAUAAACUCAACAAUUAGAAAAAAAAUCAAUUAACUAAAUUUCAUCGCUCUCGAAUCUAUUAUUAUUAUUAU